GGAAACCGUACACAGGUUCUGUGAGAGGAGAGUGGACAUUUCAGACUUGUCUAACCCGCCGAGCUGCUGUCGAAAUAAUUUUUAAAAUUCUGGAUUAGAGAGAUGGAGGAAUUGUCAUCAUUCCAGAGUCUGCAGGCACUUUCGGCCUUGCUGUCCACACCAGCAGGCGAGGAGAGCGACGAAGAGGACGGAAAGGAUAUGAAACAAGUGGCGAGAAUGGGCCCGGGACACAUUGGUGCAUCUUCCUCUGCUUCUGAGAAAGAGGAAAAAUCAGUCAACAGUGCCUAUUUGAAGAAGAACACAAAAGACAUCUGGGAUGUUGAGGAGGUGAUGGAAGGGACACACCUUAAUGACCUUGCAGAUCCUCGUCCCCCGCCUGAGUAUGAGGUUAUUCUGAAGCAGAGCGUGGGUACUGAGGAUCUGUUUCUGGGCAUGAGCCGAAAGGAUCCGUCCUCCAUGUGCUGUGACAGCCUGCUGGUGAGAGUGAGGCUGCCAGACACUAAAGCCUCUGAUCUAGUGCUGGACGUGAGGGAAACAUAUCUUGAUCUCAGAACUCCAAAAUACAAGCUAGGCCUGCAUCUACCCCAUCCAGUGCACAGUGGGGAGGGGACAGCCCGGUUCAUUACAGAGCGAGCUGAACUGGAAAUCACGCUGCCUAUGAACAGACCCCUGGACUGCAUCAAUCUGGCCUGAAGAGAGGAAGAGAAAAACAGAACCCAGGAGCUGCAUCAGUUUCUGAAGAAGGAGAUCUGGAAAGGAGGAAAGAAGACUUAAUUUGCUACUCUAAUGGAGAGUGAGACUGAAAAAGAGAAGGAUGCUAAGGAACAGAAACUUUUCCACAGUAUAUUCAGCUACAAAUCAUUCACAAUAUUUGGAACCACAGUUAUUCUCUUUGCACUGUCAUAUGAUCACUAAAUAUACCACAAACACCAGCUGACUGUUACUGAAUGUAAUGACAUUUGUAGAACUACCACUUGGUCUAAAGAGUAUGCUAAGCUAACAUUAUUAGCAUGCUCACUCGUAUUGUCAUUAUAAUUCUGUCUAGUGAAUGUAAAGGACUAAAUUGUGUGAUUUAACUAUUAAGACAGAUUUAUUUAGUAAUUAGGUAUGUAGCAAGCCGGUCAGUUGACUUGGCCUAGUUCUGUGUUUAUCACUAGCGUCUCAACUGUUUCUGUGUACUUUUCAGUUUUUGGUUCAAAAUAAGAUGUUUUUGGAAUGUCUACAUUUCCACAUAAUUCAGUUAUUGAUAUGUAACAAAGUCAUUUAGAGUGGUUUGAUGUGAAAUAGUUCAUUGUAGAGAAAUGUACACGCUCUGACUCUUUACAUUGGUGGUGACAGGAACCGGGAGUCGCCAUAUUUACAACACAAAUGUAGCCAUUUUAUUUAAUAUCCAGGAGGAGCAGGGAACCGCCACGUGUCUUCUUAGUUUUAUCUGCAAUAAGAGAAGCGGCUUAGGAAAUGGAUGGAUGGAUGGAUUUUCUUAAUUCGUCUGUAUUGUAAAAUUGUAAGAUUAAGUUGUAUUCUUGAAAUGAGUAUUUUCUUAAACAUUUUCUUACCCCUA